GGCAAGAGGUCGCCCAAUUCUCUAUGUUGAUGGAUCCUUUUCCGGUAGGGUGACAAAAUGACUGGCUUCAGUAAUAAGCCAAUACUGAUCGAUGGCCGUGGCCAUCUACUCGGUCGUUUAGCAGCAAUUAUUGCUAAGACCAUCUUACAGGGCAACAAAGUAAUUGUUGUUCGGAGUGAACAACUUAAUAUCUCUGGUAACUUCUUCAGGAACAAGUUGAAAUUCAUGUCAUUCUUGCGUAAAAGAUGUAAUGUGAAUCCAGCUCGUGGACCUUUCCAUUUCCGUGCUCCUAGCAAAAUAUUAUGGAAAACAGUUCGUGGAAUGAUUCCACACAAAACUCAAAGAGGAAAAGAUGCUCUCAGAAGGUUGAAGAUUUAUGAAGGCUGUCCUCCACCAUAUGAUCGCAGAAAACGUGUUGUUGUACCAGGAGCUAUGAGGGUUAUGUGUCUUAAGCCUGGUAGAAAGUACUGUCAUGUAGGUAGAUUGUCUCAUGAAGUUGGGUGGAAAUACAAGGCUGUGGUACGCACAUUGGAAAAUAAGAGGCGCGUCAGAUCUAUUCUUGAGGUUCAAAAGAGAGAUAAACUCAAGAAACUUACCAAACAAGCUGGGCAAACAGUUGCUAAAGCUACAGCACCAUACACAGCAAUUAUUAAUAAUUUUGGAUACAAUUAAUAUAAAAAUUGUAAAACUAAUAAAAUCCCAUAAACAUUUUA